GUCGUGAAGUUUGGAACAGCGCAAUUCAAAAUUUCUUAUUGAACCGACACUCUCCUACCAAACACAACACACCAUCUUGUUCUUUCCCCUUUUCCUAGGGUUUUCACCUCAACAAUCCCUAAAUCAAUGCUGCUUUUUUCUCCCUAAAUCCCCAUUUUCAUCCUCUUUCACUUCAAAUAAUGAUCGAGAGAUGCUUAGGAGUUCGGAGAACUAGGCAAAUCUACAGAUUUUUCCGCCAUUGCAAUGUUACCUUCCUUUGCCUUCUCCUUACCAUCAUCGUUCUUCGAGGAACUAUUGGCGCCGGUAAAUUCGGUACUCCUGAGAAAGAUUUUAUCGAAAUUCGCAAACGUUUAUCCUCUCGCAAGAUUCUCGAACCUCACCGUGUUCUUGAAGAGGUAAAAUCGUCUUCUGCUACUUCAAAUUCCUUUGAUUACGCGAAUUUUGAUUACCAGAAAUUUUUUAGUUCUGAUAAUGAUGAUGAUUUGGAAUCGUCUUCGAAGUUAUCUUCUGUUUAUAAGUUGGGUUUGAAGGUUUUGGAUUGGGAUGAGAGGAGAGAGAAAUGGUUGAGUGAACAUCCAGAAAUUCCCAAUUUUACUGGGGAUAAUGAUAAGAAGAAGAAGAAGAAACCUAGGGUUUUGCUAGUUACUGGUUCAUCUCCUAAACCUUGUGAAAAUCCUGUUGGUGAUCAUUAUUUGUUAAAGUCAUUGAAGAACAAGAUUGAUUACUCUAGGUUACAUGGCAUUGAAGUCUUCUAUAACAUGGCAUUACUGGAUGCUGAAAUGUCAGGGUUUUGGGCAAAAUUGCCGUUGAUUAAGACCCUCUUAUUGGGACGUCCUGAUGUUGAAUUUUUAUGGUGGAUGGAUAGUGAUGCAAUGUUUACUGACAUGGAAUUUGAGCUUCCAUGGGAGAGAUAUGAGGGUUAUAAUGUGAUUAUCCAUGGUUGGAAGGAGAUGGUUUUUGAGCAGAAGAAUUGGAUUGGGUUGAAUACCGGAAGUUUUUUGAUUAGGAAUUGUCAAUGGUCAUUGAACCUUCUUGAUGCUUGGGCAGCAAUGGGUCCGAAAGGGAAAACUAGGAUUGAGGCGGGUCAAAUUCUUACUAAAGAGUUAAAGGAUCGACCUCCAUUCGAAGCACACGAUCAAUCUGCAAUGGUUUAUUUGUUGGCAAAGGAGAAGGAGAAGUGGGGUGCAAAGAUUUAUUUGGAGAAUUCGUAUUACUUGCAUGGAUAUUGGGGGGUUUUGGUUGAUCAUUACGAGGAUAUGAUCGAGAAUCAUCAUCCAGGUCUGGGUGAUCAUAGAUGGCCAUUAGUGACACAUUUUGUGGGUUGUAAACCUUGUGGAAAGAUCAGUGAUUACCCUGUUGAGAGAUGCUUGAAACAGAUGGAGAGAACAUUCAAUUUUGGGGAUAAUCAGGUCUUGAAACUCUUUGGGUUUACUCAUUUAUCACUUGCUAGUAGGAGAGUUAAGAGAAUAAGAAACGAGACACAGAGAUGAGGUUGAAGAUGAACUUGGAAUCAAGACGACCAAGGUAUCAUAGUUUUGAACUCCUUGAUAUUCUGUUCCAUCUUCCUGAAUGUUCAUAUAUCAUUCCAUUGUAUGCCACUAGGGAGUCCUGUUUAUGUAUGUGGUUAUUAGGUUUGCACAUAGUAUUCUUUUGUUUCUUACUAGUAAACUUUACUAGUACUUGUACCAGCAUUUAGAGGAAACUAAUACCUUAUUUUUUUUACUUUAUUUUGUUGUUGAAUGCAUCUAUUAUCUAGAGAAUUGAUGUAUUAGCUUCCAUUUUGUGGAUAAUGAUAUUUGGUUUAAUUAGUGGAAGUUGUUAACCCUAA